CCGGACCCGCCCCUGCGUCCCCAGGCGUGCUCUCCAGGGGAACCUCCCUACCAGGGAAGCCGAAGGCUCGAGGCUGGGGAGGCUGUUGCACGCCCCAGACUCCCGGAUCCCACGUUUGCCCUCGUCACCCCUGCCGCCCGGACCCCGAGGGGCACCCCGUUGGCGAGGACCCAGCUGGGGUCCUGCCCGACGCCCGCGCCGCUUCCGCCGCGCGCCUCCGCCGGGCACCUCCCCUCGCCCGCCUCGCCCCUCCUCUCUCCCGGCUCCGCGUCCUCAGCUGCAGGUUCAAUCCCCGCGGGGACCCGGAGCGCGGGCACCCGGAGCGCCACGGCCGGUGUGCGCCCACACUCCCCACACUGCUGCAGCGGAGACCCGGCCGGGGGGCACCUGCGCGCUGCUGGCACGCGUCCGGGGCGACCGCGGCGGGCUAACUGGGCAUGCUCAGGAGCGGGGCGGCCGGGCGCCGCGGGAGACAAGCGCAUGCAAUCUCGGGGCCCGGCACCGGCCGUCCAGGGGCGCCGCGCGCAGGCGGCAGCUCUCGCCGACGCUCUGGCCAGCUUGGGCAGGACGCCCGCCAGGAUGGCCUCCCUGGCGGCAUACGACAAAGACGCGAGUAGCGGGAGUUAUAACCUUUCCACCGCCACGACAGGCAGCUACUACAGUUGUGUCAGCCAGAUCACCAUAGGUUACGAUGUUGCUGGGCCUGUUGCAAUUGGGUUCACCCACUGGAAAAAUCCUUAUGCACAAGGCAGACCUACCCUCCCAUCAGAUCUGCCUCUCUUCGUCUCCAAAGAUGCAGGCAUCCCUGUGUAUCACCAAUCCCUCACUCGAAAGACCGACCUGGCCACGCCUUUGUCCUGCCCAGCCUCACUGUCCAUCACUCCAGUGCCUUCGUACAGCAGCAGCAGCCAGGAAACCCUGAGUCAAGACACGACAGGUUUAAGUUUAUCUAUUCAUGGGGCUGAAAAGCAUUUGCAAAUCCAUCAACGGCGAAGUGUGGCAAGCCGCCCAGGGUCACGUCGCCUGCCCGUGGUCAGGCAUUCCUCACUCCCACCAGGUAGAAGGUCAAUAAAAAUGGAGGCAACCUCUUCUGGAAUCACUAAUGGGAAAACCAAAACCUUCCACCCAGAAGGAGGUGUGGAUUUGCAAGGCUACCAGUUGGAUAUGCAAAUACUACCUGACGGCCCAAAGAGUGAUGUGGACUUUUCAGAGAUUCUUAAUGCAAUACAAGAAAUGGCCAAGGAUGUCAAUAUUCUUUUUGAUGAAUUAGAAGCUGUCAACAGUCCUUGCAAAGAUGAUGAUUCUCUCCUUCACCCUGGAAACCUGACCAGUACUUCAGAUGAUGCCAGCAGAUUGGAAGCAGGGGGAGAGGCAAUGCGGGAAAAGAACAAAUCGAAUGGACUCUACUUCAGAGAUGGAAAGUGUCGAAUUGACUAUAUUCUUGUGUACAGAAAAUCCAACCCCCAGACUGAAAAGAGAGAAGUAUUUGAAAGAAAUAUCAGAGCAGAAGGGUUACAAAUGGAGAAAGAAUCCUCUGUAAUAAAUAGUGACAUUAUCUUUGUGAAGUUGCAUGCCCCAUGGGAAGUGCUUGGAAGAUACGCAGAACAAAUGAAUGUAAGAAUGCCUUUCAGCGCCAUUUUUGGAAGCCUCGUGUACUGCUGCAUUGAAGGGCCAGACUCCAGGAGAAAAAUCUAUUACCUGCCCCGCCGGUACAAGUUCAUGAGCAGGAUCGAUAAACAAAUAAGCAGGUUUCGGAGAUGGUUACCUAAGAAGCCAAUGAGGCUGGACAAGGAGACACUGCCAGACCUGGAGGAGAAUGACUGCUACACUGCCCCUUUCAGCCAGCAAAGGAUCCAUCACUUCAUCAUACACAACAAAGACACUUUCUUCAACAAUGCCACAAGAAGUAGAAUUGUACAUCAUAUUUUACAAAGAAUAAAGUAUGAAGAAGGAAAAAACAAAAUUGGUCUGAAUCGUUUGCUUACCAAUGGCUCCUAUGAAGCUGCUUUUCCUUUACACGAGGGGAGUUACAGAAGUAAAAACUCCAUUAGGACCCAUGGAGCGGAAAACCACCGACAUCUGCUCUAUGAGUGCUGGGCCUCCUGGGGCGUGUGGUAUAAAUACCAGCCUUUGGAUCUUGUAAGGCGGUACUUUGGAGAGAAGAUCGGGUUGUAUUUUGCCUGGUUGGGCUGGUACACCGGCAUGCUCUUCCCGGCCGCCUUCAUUGGAUUGUUUGUCUUUUUGUAUGGAGUCAUGACUCUGGAUCACUGCCAAGUCAGUAAAGAAGUCUGCCAAGCUACAGAUAUCAUCAUGUGUCCUGUAUGCGAUAAAUACUGUCCAUUCAUGAAGCUGUCAGAUAGCUGUGUUUAUGCCAAGGUUACCCACCUUUUUGACAAUGGAGCAACUGUCUUCUUUGCUGUUUUCAUGGCAGUCUGGGCGACAGUUUUCCUGGAGUUUUGGAAGAGACGACGAGCAGUAAUUGCUUAUGACUGGGAUUUGAUAGACUGGGAAGAGGAGGAGGAAGAAAUACGGCCCCAGUUUGAAGCCAAGUAUUCCAAGAAAGAGCGGAUGAAUCCCAUUUCGGGAAAGCCAGAACCUUACCAAGCAUUUGCAGAUAAAUGCAGCCGACUGAUCGUUUCUGCCUCUGGAAUAUUUUUUAUGAUCUGCGUGGUAAUCGCCGCUGUGUUCGGGAUCGUCAUUUAUCGGGUGGUGACCGUCAGCACUUUUGCUGCCUUCAAGUGGGCAUUGAUCAGAAAUAACUCUCAGGUUGCAACCACAGGGACUGCUGUGUGCAUCAACUUCUGUAUCAUCAUGUUGCUGAAUGUGCUCUAUGAAAAAGUUGCACUUCUUCUGACAAAUUUAGAACAGCCUCGCACGGAGUCCGAGUGGGAGAACAGCUUCACCCUGAAAAUGUUUCUUUUUCAGUUUGUCAAUCUGAACAGCUCCACAUUUUACAUCGCGUUCUUCCUCGGAAGAUUUACAGGACACCCAGGUGCCUACUUGAGGCUGAUAAACAGAUGGAGACUAGAAGAGUGCCACCCUAGUGGAUGCCUUAUUGAUCUCUGUAUGCAAAUGGGUAUUAUAAUGGUGCUAAAGCAGACCUGGAAUAAUUUCAUGGAACUUGGCUACCCGUUAAUUCAGAAUUGGUGGACUAGAAGAAAAGUACGACAAGAACAUGGGCCCGAAAGGAAAAUCAGUUUCCCACAAUGGGAAAGGGACUACAACCUUCAGCCCAUGAACGCCUACGGACUCUUCGACGAAUACUUAGAAAUGAUUCUUCAGUUCGGAUUCACAACUAUCUUUGUGGCAGCUUUUCCUCUAGCACCACUUCUGGCCUUACUGAAUAACAUAAUUGAAAUUCGACUUGAUGCUUACAAAUUCGUCACACAAUGGAGGCGACCUUUAGCUUCAAGGGCCAAAGACAUAGGAAUUUGGUAUGGAAUUCUUGAAGGCAUUGGAAUUCUCUCUGUAAUUACAAAUGCAUUUGUCAUAGCGAUAACAUCUGACUUUAUUCCUCGCUUGGUGUAUGCUUAUAAGUAUGGACCUUGUGCGGGCCAAGGAGAAGCUGGGCAAAAGUGCAUGGUUGGCUAUGUGAAUGCCAGCUUGUCCGUGUUUCGAAUUUCUGACUUUGAGAAUCGAUCUGAGCCUGAAUCCGAUGGCAGUGAGUUCUCGGGGACCCCUCUCAAGUACUGCAGAUACCGAGACUACCGUGAUCCUCCUCAUUCACUGGUACCCUACGGCUACACACUGCAGUUCUGGCACGUCCUCGCUGCUCGCCUGGCUUUUAUCAUUGUGUUUGAGCACCUCGUGUUUUGUAUAAAGCACCUCAUUUCAUAUCUGAUCCCAGACCUCCCAAAAGAUCUAAGAGACCGAAUGAGGAGAGAGAAGUACUUGAUUCAGGAGAUGAUGUAUGAAGCAGAACUAGAGCGUCUCCAGAAGGAACGAAAAGAGAGGAAGAAAAACGGAAAAGCACACCACAAUGAGUGGCCGUGACCAGGUUGGUGAGAGGUAAUUGUUCAUUUCCAGUCCAAGGACCUGAAUUCUGUUUACUUCUCUUGGCUGUGCAAAAGCACAUUCACGUGAAUGACUAAAAUGCAACCGCAGUGCAUGUCGCAGACAUCGGCAGCAGCAGGGGGUCUUAAAGGACUGCCUGGGAAGUCACAUUGCAGUCCUGCACACACUUGCUAUCUGUUCAUAGACCAUUCCUGACCAGGCAAGCAUGCACAUCAUGGGCAGUUACACUCUCAAGUUUUUAAAACCACGGGGAACUUGUAUACUGGACCUGUUUUUCAGCCUGUUUGCUACCUUUUUUGCAUUCUAUCCCAUGUGAAUUUUACAGACACUGGGCUAAAAAGGGGAUGUGGACACCUGGACACACAUUCCUAGAAUGUCAUCAUAUGGUCCUAAUUCCAUGUCACCAAACAAUACAAACAGGACCCUGUUUACAACUUUCUUUUUUUUUAAUUUCAGAUCUUUCUGAGAUUAUUAUAUAUGACAUAUCUAUAGCUAUCUGUAUGGCCAUAGAUUUCUGUGUGUACAUAUGUACAGUCAUGUAUUCUUACAUAUGUACAUACAAAUACAGAGAUAUAUAAAGUACAUAAAAAUUCCUUACUUGUAAAUAGCCAAAAGGUACUGACGUGAAUGAUGAAUUUUCACAUUUAAAUAGUCAUCAACAUGAAGCCAUGUUUAAUGCUUGUAUAAUGUGAUGCAAUAAAAUUUAAAAUAAAUUUAUGCACAUGGAAUAUUUGCA